AUGAUUGCCAAUACGUGCAACGACGACGAGUGGGCUCGUCUGCGGCACCAAAUCACGAGGCUCUACUCAGAUGAGGCGAGGCCACUUAAAGAAAUAGUGGAGAUAAUGCGGCUGAGAUAUAAUUUCCAUGCAACACCGAGGAUGUAUAAGUAUCGCCUUCAAAAGUGGAGGUUACAUAAGAAAUAUAAAGAGAAGGAAGUCGUUCAGAUGUCUCUACUCAAACAACAACGAGAUAUUGCCGGAAAACAAUCUGUCUUCUUUCUACAAGGUAGACAAGUCGAAUGGGGAGAUAUCGAAAGAUAUCUACACCGC